AUGGACGUCCCUGUCAUCCUCCUGCUCAUCCAACUCACCCGCACUCCAACUACAGUCUUUUUUUCCUGUGUCUCAGCAUUGGUGGCCAGCAGAGUGGAAGAAGAGGCGGGAUGUCCCCUGGGCCAGUUCCCGUGUGGAAACAUGAGUGAAUGUCUCCCUCAGGUGCUGCACUGCAACGGACACAAAGACUGUCCCAACGGAGCAGACGAGUGGCGUUGUGGGGACAACGUCGGCCUGGCAGACUUAAUUGGUGAAACGCUUCAGAACAGGCCUGUGAUCCAAACAUUGGAGAAUGAGUGCCUCUUGCAGAAGUAUGCAGAGAGCUGUGCCUGCUCAGUAACAGAUGUUGACUGUGUGGAGGUGAAUCUUCAGGAUGUUCCUGAGCUCUCCCCGAACGUUACCUGGCUAUCGCUGAAGAGCAAUAAGAUUCGGAUAUUGUCUGAUUUUGUUUUUUCGGACUAUUCUGCACUGGAGAAGCUGUUUCUGCAAAACAACAGUCUCCAGUACAUAUCUAAACAUGCCUUCAGUGGCCUGUACAGUCUGAAGAAGUUGUUUCUCAGUGAGAAUUUGAUAUCUUCAUUUAUUCCUGGUGUUUUUAAGGAUCUAAAUCAAUUAGAAUGGCUGAUGCUGGAUCAUAAUCCACUUCGCAGCUUGUCGCAGGACACGUUCAUUGGGCUUCAAUCCCUCGUCUACCUAUCCAUGGUGCACACGUCCCUCCAGCAGCUCCCUCACCCCAGCUUCUGUCAGCAUCUGCCUGCCUUGGACUGGCUUGAUCUUGAGGGGAACCAAAUUCAAACUCUCAACUACUCCAUCUUAAAGACGUGCAGCAAGCUUGAAGUUCUAUUGCUGAUGGACAACAGGAUCAGAAGAGUUCCUGAAAACACCUUCCAGUCUCUGUGGAAACUGGCCGAAUUGAAUCUUUCCAACAACAGGAUCAGGGAGUUGCCGAAGAACACGUUUAAGAAUCUAUCAAAGUCUCUCCUAAAACUAAAUGUAUCCCACAAUCCUCAUCUACACAUACACCUGAGCCACUUCAGCCACCUGACACAGCUGCAGUCUCUGGCACUAGAGGGUAUUGAGAUCCCAGAUAUUCAGACAAAUAUGUUUAUUCCCAUGAAGAACCUCUCACACAUCUACUUUAAGAAGUUCCAGUACUGCUCCUAUGCACCUCAUGUCAGGUCCUGCAAGCCCAACACAGACGGCAUUUCCUCAUUUGAGGACCUCCUGGCGAACAUGGUGCUGCGGGUUUCCGUCUGGGUCAUGGCUUUCAUCACUUGCUUUGGUAAUAUCCUUGUGAUCGGCAUGAGAUCACUGAUUCGUGCAGAGAACAACCUGCAUGCUGCCUGCAUCAAAGUCCUCUGCUGUGCAGACUGCCUCAUGGGUGUGUACCUGUUUUUUGUUGGCGUCUUCGAUGUGAAGUUCCGUGGACAGUACAAUCGUAAUGCUUUGCUGUGGAUGGAGAGUGUGGAGUGUCGCACCAUUGGAUUCCUGGCCAUGCUUUCCUCAGAGGUGUCUGUUCUCCUCUUGACCUACCUGACCUUAGAGAAGUUCCUGGUCAUCGUCUUUCCCUUCAGCAAUCUGCGCCCAAGCAAACUUCAGACAGGGGUGAUCCUGUCUGCUAUCUGGCUGAUGGGAUUCAUCAUUGCUGCGGUGCCGCUGAUGAAUGAGGACGUGUUUGGGAACUACUACGGACGGAAUGGGGUCUGCUUUCCCCUGCACUCUGACAGGCAAGAGAAACCUACUGCCAAAGGAUAUUCCACAGGCAUUUUUCUGGGUCUCAACCUGGUGGCGUUCCUUGUGAUCGUCUUCUCCUACUCCAGCAUGUUCUACUCCAUCUAUAAAACUGGCAUCAAUGCCACGGACCUGAGAAGCAGACUGCACAAAGAUGUGGCCGUGGCCAACCGGUUCUUCUUCAUCGUGUUCUCUGAUGCCCUCUGCUGGAUUCCUAUAUUCCUAGUGAAAGUUCUCUCACUGUUGGAGGUGGAGAUACCUGGCACAAUCUCCAGUUGGGUUGUUAUCUUCAUCCUUCCAAUCAACAGUGCCUUGAACCCGAUCCUGUACACCUUGACCACCAGCUUCUUCAGAGAGCAGGUGGAACUGCUUUUAUGCCGCUGGCAGAGAAGACACAUUUUGAAGAAAGACCAAAAAAGCCUCACUUCCUCCACGAUCUUUAUGGAGGCGUCCCGGGGGCCCUGCUACCGGCCCCCACCUUACCUCCAGCGGGGGUCCCUGGUCAGGGCAGACCCCCGGUACGCCUAAGAGAGCACUUCCCAAACUGAUAUUCUAUCAAUUAUUGGCCA